CAAGACUAUAGCCUUCACUUGUUCGUAGAGAAUUUUAUUGAAUAAAUGUUAGCCAUGAGCUAGCUGUAGUUAUAAAGUAACCUAGGCAACACAAUCGUGACUUUCAUUUUAUCCCGGUGUUGUUCCGAAUAUGGAUAUAGCAGUGUUUAUAUCAUAUCGUCACAAGAUGAGCAACGUUACACGAUAAUGAACUACGAGGGGACUAAAAUACGUAAUGGCACAGACGAAAUAAGCGAAAGCGCGUUCACGCGGAGAUUGGGUGCUAUUUGACGGGUAUUACAUUUUCGGCACAACACCUGUAUGGGCUAUAACCAAACCUACCAUCCUUUUCUGACAAUAUUUUAUUGUUGGAAUUUAUAUGUUGUCAGGAUCCUGUACAAGUCUUUAAAACAUUAUCUAACCUAUUAUUUUGUGCGAUUUCAUAUUUCAUGCAGUGCCAGUUAACAGAAGGAGAGUAGCGUGUCUACUUCUCCUUGAACAGCAGAGGAUGAGGAGAAGUCGCUAUUGGGUACAUCCCAUAAAUCAGAGGAGGAGAGAACAAGGGGAUUUUCAUCACCUUGUAGCGGAGUUGCGGCUGGACAGCCAACGCCACCAUCAAUACUUUCGAAUGAGUGUAGUGCAAAUGGAAGAGCUUCUGUCCACAAUCGGUCCUGAACUGACCAGGCAGUCAACAAAUUACAGAGCUGCCAUUGAGCCCAAACAGCGACUGGCUGUUGGACUGAGGUACCUUGCUUCUGGCGACUCGCUGAUCAGCCUGGCAUUCAGCUACAGAUUAGGGCACACAACUGUGGCCAACUCUGUACAUAUGGUGUGUGCUGCAAUUGUCAAAGUGAUGAUGGAUCAAUUUCUGCCCAGGUCAACACAACAAAUGUGGGAAGAGGUUGCAGAGGGCUAUUGGAGGAAAACACAAUUUCCUAACUGCAUCGGGGCAAUUGACGGGAAACACGUCACAAUUCAAGCACCACCACUCUCUGGUAGUCAGUAUUUCAAUUAUAAGAAAUAUUUUUCAAUAGUACUCUUUGCACUAGUGGAUGCCUACUGCCGGUUUAGGGUGAUUCAAGUGGGGGAUUUUGGACGCACAAGUGAUGGUGGGGUAUAUGCCAAUUCCGAUUUAGGAAGGGGAAUGGAAAGCAAAACACUUCAUGUGCCACCUAGUGUCUCUCUGCCUGGAUCGGCUCAGUUGGGCGAUGUACCAUUCGUCAUGGUUGGUGACGCAGCAUUCCCACUGAAGCCAUACCUCAUGAGACCCUACCCUGGGCAGAAUUUGACCCAUCCCAAGAAAAUUUACAAUUAUAGACUGUCCAGGGCUAGGAGGACGGUGGAGAACGCUUUUGGCAUCCUGGAUGCCAGAUGGCGGAUAUUCCACCGUAAAAUCAACUUGCACCCAAAAAAGGUUGACAAUGUAGUGAUUGCUGCUUGCAUCCUGCAUAACUUUUUGCUGAACCCCACAGACAAUCAGAGGUACAUCAAUGAGUCAGAGCAGCAGGGGAGAAAUAUUCCCGCAGUUCCAAACAUGGGAGGGAAAAGGGCGUCAAAAGAGGCUCACCAAGUGAGGGAGGGGUUCUGCACAUUUUUCAGUUCUCCAGAGGGCAGCGACUAUUGGCAGGACAGGAUGGUGUAAUAUCAUGUUUUUGUUUUGUUCAGCACUUUGGUCCACUGUUGUUUUUUAAAUAUUCUUUACAUAUAAAUGUACAUUUACAAUUAACAUUUAUCA